GGGGGUAAAAAAAUGUGAAUGGCUUCACACUACUGGGAUGCGGAAUGAUUUAUAAUGUUUCAUCCGCACUUUAGCAAAUGUUGUUUUUAUUUAAUGUGACGUUAUUGUUGUUCAAGUCUGGAUUGUAACGGGGAAACGAUGUCGGACGCUGAAGGUGCUCGCAGUCCAGACCAGCUGAACAGAUUCGAGAGACUAACACACAGGCCGCCGCACGGUGGGACGUUAGCAGGGCAUCGUACUCCCCCUGCCCGCAGUGGGCAUCGCUGCGUUGCUGACAACACUAACUUGUACGUGUUUGGAGGGUACAACCCUGACUAUGAUGAGUCAGGAGGCUCAGAGAAUGAGGACUAUCCACUGUUCAGGGAGCUUUGGAGGUACCACUUUGCCACCGGCUGCUGGCAGCAGAUUCGAACAGAGGGCUAUAUGCCCACAGAGCUGGCAUCUAUGUCAGCUGUUUUGCACGGCAACAACCUCCUGGUGUUUGGCGGCACUGGGAUCCCCUUCGGUGAAAAUAACGGCAAUGACGUACAUGUUUGUAACGUGAAAUAUAAGCGGUGGUCACUGCUCAACUGUCGGGGGAAGAAGCCCAACAGAAUCUAUGGACAGGCAAUGGUUAUAAUAAACGGCUUCCUAUACGUGUUUGGAGGGACAACGGGUUACAUCUAUAGCACAGACCUGCACAGGCUGGACCUGACCACCAGGGAGUGGAUCCACCUCAAGCCCAACAACCCUCCUGACGACCUGCCUGAGGAACGGUACAGGCAUGAAAUAGCACAUGACGGACAGAGGAUCUACAUCCUGGGAGGAGGAACUUCCUGGACAUCUUACCCUCUGGACAAGAUACAUGCCUACAAUCUGGAGACCAACUCCUGGGAGGAGAUUACAACUAAACCUCAUGACAAAAUAGGGUAUCCUGCUCCUAGGAGGUGUCAUAGCUGUGUACAAAUACGAAAUGAUGUAUUUAUCUGUGGAGGCUACAACGGGGAAUUGAUAUUAGCUGAUCUGUGGAAGAUCAACCUGCAGACUUUCCAGUGGAGUAAACUACCAGCAGUGAUGCCAGAGCCGGCCUACUUCCACUGUGCUGCUGUCACCCCAGCGGGCUGUAUGUACAUCCACGGUGGCGUGGUGAACAUCCACGAGAACAAGAGGACUGGCUCUCUGUUUAAGAUCUGGCUGGCUGUGCCCAGUCUGCUGGAGCUCUGCUGGGAGAAGCUCCUCAAGGCCUUUCCACACCUAACUUCACUCCCCACCAUGCAGCUGCUCAACCUGGGCCUCACACAGGAACUCAUUGAACGCUUGAAAUAGGACGCACAACGGAGGACGGACGGACAAAUGAAUGGACGGGACGGGCCAGACUGAGAGGAGACGAGGUCUGACAGAGCACAGAGUUUAAAUCAUAGCAAAAUUCUCGGGAAAAUGCCCUCUCCCUCCCCUGCCUAACGUAGCCCCGCCUUAAAACCAAAAACAAUGGGAUGCCUUUUUUUGUUUGUCCCCUUUUUCGGCAGUUUCAGUGAUAAUAAAGAAAUCAAUGUGGAAUGUUUUAUGGAUUUUACUCAACGCCCCCCCCCCAACCCCCCGCCACCGCCACCACCAUGGUUUCUUACACGAUCCC